GUUCGGUAUUUGUCGUAUUGUGCAAUCCAAAAUAAACAAAAGUUAGACAUUCAUUAGUUAAUUUUUAACUGAACGGUCUUUACUGUAAAUUGACAAUGCAAAAUGUACAAAUAUAUUAUAUCCCAUAUGCAAGCAGUUUAAUAAAGCAAUGACAUGACAAUACUAUAGAGAGAAUGCAAUGUGUCACAUAUAUUCGCGAGAAAUUCAAAGUACGGAAAGAUAAUAUGGAUUUAGAGAGAUUUCUUGGGAAUUUAAGUGUUUCAACAUGAACUUGGGACUGAUAUGUUAGUUAUGUGUUAGAGUACAUAUGGAUGGUAGAUCAUUUGUGCAAGACAAUUAAGAAGACCUUGCUUUAUAAAAAAUGGGCAAGCGAAAACAAAGACCACCACAAAAGGCCACUGAGGAGAAGAGAAAAUGUCUGUCAUGGAAUAUGCUAGACAAUGCUGAGAAUACUCAUGAUCUUGUUAUUGAUGACAUUGAUGAAAAUGCUGAAAAUGGAACAGUAAGUAACAAAAGAUCCAGUAUACUGACUGAGAAGGAAAAGAAUAACACAGACUUUCCGACUGUUAUUGAGGGUGGGGCUUGUUUUGAUACAACAGGUACUAGUUAUAGAUCGGCGGAUUUGUUUGAGAUUUAUGAACUACACGCAGAUAAUUGUUUAUUCAGUAUACCUGUCUACACAGAGUUGUGCACUAAGAAAGGAGCCUGGAAAUGUGAAUUAGCCGAGUUUCAGAUACAAUUUUCGCCACAUCCUAUAUUUGUUCCGUUACCUACAGAAAAGUUACCAGACAUUACAGAGUUUUCACUUUUUGUUAGUAAAGAUGGUAAAAAAAAUAUAUUCAGUUGUGAAACAAAUAGAUUUAAGAGGGAGUUGUUUGGGAGAAAAAAAGUCAGAAAUAAAAGGAAAGCUGACGUCACCGAUGUAAAAUUUUGGUUUGUUGAUUCAGACUUACCUCUGGUCUGUUUUGAAGCUUUGGAUUGUAAAAGUUUUCAAGUGGUUAUAGACAAGUUUGAGUGUAAGAAUAAGACAGUCACAUUGAAAAUUUAUGGGACAGAGGCAUUGCUGCUACGUUUAUCUUGUCCAGGUGAAGCUGUAAGAAUGGCCAAAAAGCAGAAUCACUCAUUAAUAACUCUUAUGCAGCAUUUCUAUGGAAUAACUACUCCAGAUUACGAUCAUUUGCCCUAUACGAAGAAGCAUGACAUAGAUGAGCUGUACAGAGUGAUAAAAGAACGGCACAUGUCUGUUUCCUGUCAAGUUCUUCCAGGCAUUCAACACGAAAGUUUGUUACCAAGGUUACGGCCAUACCAACAACAAGCUAUCACAUGGAUGUUAAAUAAAGAAAGAAACGACAAAGAAUGUGACAAGCCUGAUGAUCAGCUACAUAUGUUAUUUACGGAGGUUGUUACAGCAGACGGACAGACAGUCUAUUUCCACAAAUACGCAGGAAUGUUUGUACUGGAGAAGCCAUGUUGUGUUGCCCACCCACCUGGUGGUAUCUUAGGAGAUGAGAUGGGCCUUGGCAAGACAGUUGAGGUGCUGGCAUGUAUGCUGCAUAAUCCAAGGGAAAACCUACCACUUCCAGACCCUCUUCCUUUUGUUGAAGUUAUCACUCUCAAAGAAGAUGAAAUAUCUGCUAAAAAGAAAAAGAGGAAACAAAAGCAAAUCAUUGAAGAUUCUAUCUCCCCUGAAUCUGAUGAUGAAACGAUCAUUUAUUCUGAUGAUGCAAAUGAAAAUAUCUCAUUAGAUUUAAGCAGCCAAUCAGAUUUGAAUACAACUGACCAAUCAGAAAGCAACGAUGUUAACAAUCAUUUAGACGAAAGUGAAAUAAAAAACACUACAAGAACAGGGUCUGAAAACUUCAAAGAGAGUAAAAAUAUAUUCACAGAAAAACCAGAAAUUAAUAAAUCAGAAUUUGAAUGUUUAUGCGGGGCAUACAAGUUACGUCAACACGGGAGGCUGAAGAAGCAUCCAGCACAAUGUGUAAAAUGUCACUUGUGGCAACAUGCUGAAUGUGUCAACUAUGACCUGAAGGAUCCGUACAGGGGCGAGUUUAAAUGUCCACAUUGUCAUGUUGCAUCUGAUCCAAUUCCAUCAGGGGCUACACUCAUUAUCUCCCCUUUUUCUAUUGCUCACCAGUGGCUGGAGGAAAUAUUAAAACAUGUGAAGAAAGAGGCAAUCAAUGUGUUUAUGUAUAAUGGCGUAUAUAAACAAGGUUUUAUACAGCCUCGGACACUGGCUAAACAAGACAUUGUGAUAACUACCUAUGAGACACUGAGGAAGGAAAUAGACUAUGUUGAUCUCCCACAUUGUAACAGUUCUGAGGGUAGGAAGUUACGUCAUGCAAAGAGAUUUAUGGCAAUACCAAGUCCUUUGACAGCAGUAGAGUGGUGGAGGAUUUGUCUUGAUGAGGCCCAGAUGGUUGAAUGUACAACUACUAAGACAUCUGAAAUGGCAUUACGACUGAAGGCAAUAAAUCGCUGGUGUGUAACUGGUACUCCAAUACAGAGGAGUAUUGAUGAUCUGUAUGGAUUGUUACUAUUUCUUGGAGUUGAUCCAUACUGGGUUUAUAUGUGGUGGACAAAGCUGGUCUUUAAACCGUACUGUCAUGGUGUACCUGAUGCCAUGCAUGACCUUUUAACCUCAGUUCUGUGGAGAACUGUUAAGACCGAUGUCCUUGAUCAGAUAAACAUUCCCCAGCAGACGGAUGAAGUUCAUUGGUUGACAUUUUCACCUGUUGAGGAACAUUUCUAUAGACGACAAUACAGAGACUGUGUCAGACUCUCAAUGGAGAGGUUAAGUAAGUGGACUGAUAGUAACAUUAGGUUGAGCAGUCUGGACAGACGGACGGUGAGCCAGUUACUGUAUCCACUUAUAAGACUUCGACAGGCAUGUUGUCAUCCUCAGGCAGUGAGAGGGGAAUUUCUACCACUUCAUAAAAGUACAAUGACAAUGGAAGAGUUGUUAGAAUCCCUGACAAAGAAAGCCAAACUUGAGGCGGAGGAAUCUCACAGGGCCCUCGUUGCUGCUAUCAAUGGUGAGGCCGGACUACUUAUCAUCAAAGAGGAGUUUGUUGAAGCAGUUGAGAAAUACAGGGAUGUUUUACGAUCUGUAGAAGAACAUAAAGAUACCUUGAAGACAGACAGUUUACAACAGUUACAUGCCAUGUAUAACCUGCGUGAAAUUCUUGUCUCUAAACCAGACGGAGUUGCUCCUACACUUAGAGAUGACCAAUUACCUAAACAGAUUGAUGAGUUACGUGACAGGUAUAUGGCCAAGGCAGUAGCAUAUGCAAAAAGUACAGAGGAGGCCCUGGUACCUUUGCAGCUUGAUGUAAAACAACUUGAAAGAGAGUUCCAGGACUACAGUGAGUGGUGGUUAGAAGUGGUACAAUGGGCUAUAGACAGAGACUUGGAUGAUAAUCUUGUCCUCAAGGUCAGAGAUGAUCUCCUUGACAACAGAAACCCUCAAGUUGAUACACUUGUCAGAAGCUGUAGAUCUGCUUCUGGACUAGAGUAUGCUGUUAACAGUCAGUUAACAAGUAUGGAGGCUGCAUACACGGCAGUGAAGAAGGCUAUGAAAGGUUUAGAGGGCAUACCUUCACAAGAUCUUAUAAACAAAACUGUAGAAUGUUGUCUUAGACCUGUGGAUAACAUCUUGAAAAACUGUCCUUUCUGUCAGUCAGAAGAAUUGUUUGAGACAUAUGAAGCAAAAUUGUUUUCUUUUGUUGAAAAAGGUAUUGAAGGUCAUAUGGAUCACCUUGGUUACCAGGUUAACACAAAGAGACAGGGUACUUGGGCUGAUAGUGAGGCUGUCAAAGCUUUAAGGAGCAUUCUUACCUUUGCCAAACAUUACAGAGUAUCAGAAGAAUUGAUAGAAAAUGGGACAACUCAUAUCAAACUUAUAGAAGCUAUGAAGAAAGAAUUUAAGAAACUGAGAGCUCACUGGGCAGGUAUUAAGGAGUAUGUGGCAAAUUUUGAUGAGUUAGACAUGUCUACUACAAGACUUCGACUCCGCCUCCCGGAGGAGCCCAUCCCAGAAACACCUCAACUGAAUAUAUUGGAAAAAUCUGAGUUAUCACAACAUAAAUUGAAGUUAGCAUCUGACAGAAUUAUUGCUCAGGGAGAAUUAAAGAAAAAACAAGGGCAAUUACUCUACCUAACAAAUCUAGCUAAAAACCAGACUAAUAAUAAAGAUGGAAAAAAUCCUGAGCCUUGUCCUAUCUGCCAGCAAGAAUUAGGAAAAGAGUGGAGUGUCAUGCAGUGCGGACAUUGUUACUGUAUAGAAUGUAUACGUAUACUAGUAGAGAGAGCUAGCUUUGGUCGUAGAAAUUUCUCUGUGAAAUGUGCAAUAUGUAGACAAGCUACACAUCAAGGUGAAAUAUCUUAUGUGAUGACUAGUAGGGAACUUCAGCCAGACGAUGUUGGAGUUAAGGGAAGUCAUUCUACAAAGGUGGAGGCUGUUGUCAGGUGCUUGUUGAAUAUUCAGAGAGAAGAUCCCAAGUCCAAGUCACUGGUCUUCUCUACAUGGAUUGAUGUACUAAGUGUUAUAGCAACAGCUCUAGAGGAAAAUGACAUCAAAUACAAGGCCCUGUACUCCAGUGGAAAAUUUCAGGAAAACUUGACAUCAUUUAAAGAGGAUGAAGAUGUUUCUACAUUGCUGUUACCAGUCCACUCAGGAGCUAAUGGUUUAAAUCUCAUAGAGGCCACCAAUGUGCUACUUGUAGAACCAAUACUGAACCCAGCACAGGAACUACAGGCUAUAGGCAGGGUGCAUCGUAUAGGCCAAACUAAACCAACACAUGUUCAUAGGUUUUUGGUCCGUCAUACUAUAGAGCAGAAAAUGAAAGUUCUCCUACAGUCUAUGGACAAGCAUAGUGUUUUAGAGAAGUCAGAGGAAAGUGGUUUAACAAUUGGUGACCUGUCCAGCUUGUUUAGCCAGCAGAUAGAGGAGGAAGAUAGAGAAGGGGUCCACAGCUUGGACGAGGAAGAGAGUUCAAGCCCAAGGUCAGACACUGAGGUGCCUAGUACAAGUGGUACCCAGCAAGCAUCUGUAGAACAAGUUCCUUCUACCAGUUCUAGUUCACAAGUUGAUUCAGGUAACGGAACAGAUGUAGAAAUGCCUGGUAGUAGUCAGGCAUUGACAUAUGGUGAUGACAGUAUAUGUUUAAGUAUUAACACACAGUCUAGUGAAAGAGAUCAGAUACCUUUGCCAGUAGGAAGUAUAACAGAAAUCAGUAGUUCUAAUGGUCAGAAUGUAAAUUCUCUUCCAGAAUCCAUAGAAGUGGAUAUAAGUGAAACACCAGAGAUCACCAAAGAUGAUGAUCAAGCAGGCUUUGAUCAAAAUACUGACAUAGAUACCAAAAUAGAGGAAAAUGGGGAGCUAGUGAUCAGAGAGGAAAUCAAAGGGUUAGGAAGCUGGCAAGAAAUAGAAGGGUCAGGAAGCAGGCGAGAAAUGGAAGUGCCAGUAAGCAGGGAAGAAAUGGAAGUGUCAGUAAGCAGGGAAGAGAUGGAAGUGCCAGUAAGCAGGGAAGAUAUGGAAGGGUCAGGAAACAGGGAAGAGAUGGAAGGGUCAGGAUGCAGGAAAGAGAUUAAAGGAAGCAAGCAAGAUAUGGAAGGGUCAGGAAGCAGGCAAGAAAUGGAAGUGCCAGUAAGCAGGGAAGAAAUGAAAGUGCCAGUAAGCAGGGAAGAGAUGGAAGUGCCAGUAAGCAGGGAAGAGAUGGAAGUGACAGUAAGCAGGGAAGAGAUGGAAGGGUCAGGAAGCAGGAAAGAGAUGGAAGGGUCAGGAAGCAGGAAAGAGAUGGAAGGGUCAGGAAGCAGGAAAGAGAUGGAAGGGUCAGGAAGCAGGAAAGAGAUGGAAGGGUCAGGAAGCAGGAUAGAGAUUGAAGGAAGCAGGCAAGAUAUGGCAGGGUCAGUAAGCAGGCAAGAAAUAAAAAGGUCAGGAAGCAGGCAAGAAAUGGAAGGAACAGGAAGCAGACAAGAAAUGGAAGGGGCAGGAAGCAGGCAAGAAAUGGAAGGGGCAGGAAGCAGGCAAGAAAUGGAAGGGGCAGGAAGCAGACAAGAAAUGGAAGGGACAGGAAGCAGGCAAGAAAUGGAAGGGGCAGGAAGCAGGCAAGAAAUGGAAGGGACAGGAAGCAGGCAAGAAAUGGAAGGGACAGGAAGCAGACAAGAAAUGGAAGGGACAGGAAGCAGACAAGAAAUGGAAGGGGAAGGAAGCAGGCAAGAAAUGGAAGGGGCAGGAAGCAGGGAAGAGAUGGAAGGGUCAGGAAGCAGAGAAGAGAUGGAAGGAAGUAGGCAAGAAAUUGAAAGGUCAGGAAGCAGGCAAGAAAUGGAAGUGCCAGUAAGCAGGGAAGAGAUGGAAGGGUCAGGAAGCAGGGAAGAGAUGGAAGGAAGCAGGCAAGAAAUUAAAAGGUCAGGAAGCAGGCAAGAAAUGGAAGGAACAGGAAGCAGGCAAGAAAUGGAAGGGGCAGGAAACAGUCAUGAAAUUGAAGUCUCAGGAAUAAGGCAAGAAAUAGAAGGGUCAGAAAUCACGAAAGUAAUGGUAGAGUCAGGGAUUAAUCAAAAUGAAGUUGAGCAACGAGGGAUUAGGCAAGAAGAUGUUGGAGAGUCAAAUACUCAGCAAGAACAGAUAAUUCAGGAACCAUAAAUUAAAAGAAAAAAAGGCCCUUUUUUAAUGGAAGCUAAAAAGUUAGAAAAGAUAUUAAUGAAUGAGCCACAAGCAAAUGCUAUUUAUGAUCAACCUCCUAGUUCCAGUUCUUUUCUUAUAUUAAAUGUCAAUGGAAUAGUUGAAUCUGGAAUAGUCAGUCAGAAGUAAAACUGUUAAUGUUCUUAGCAACCGUCUUAAGAAAACUAAGUAGCUGUGUAAUAUACAUUAGAUUGAUAUCGUGGUACUAAAAGAAGUCUUUUUGACUUGUUCCUACUAUGAUACAGAAGAAAAGAAAUUGUUUUUAGAGUUGAAAGGUUUUAGUGACAAUACUUUAGUGUUAUUUUAAUUCAUAUAUGCUAGGAUUGGUAAUAACAAAUUAACAAUUAGACAAACAUGGAAUUAUGCUUAACUAGUCUAUGAUGAAAACAGAUCAGAUUAUCUUUGUUUUAGCUGAUUUAAAUAUACAGACGAGAAUAAAUUUAUGAUUGUGGACCUAAUAUGUGACAUGUCAUAUACUUUAUACAUAGCUGGUACUAUGUGUUUUAUGACUUGAUGUCCGUGGUAUGUAUUUUGAUAUGAAAAUAAUGUACCGAUAGAUAAGUAUUUUGUUGUAUUGCUUGUGCAUCAAAAUUAACAUUCAGUAUUGUAAUUUUUGAUUCGCAAUUUCAUGUGGACCGUAAUGAAUUAUCCAGUUUGUUACUGUUUUAUUUCAGUGAAAGACCAAUGAUGACUUAUGUUAAAUUAGCCUGUUAUAUAGCCAUUUUUUUCCAUUUCAUGCGGAUGAAUAUUGAUCCUUAAAGGGGCACAACUCUGUAUAAAGGCAAGACUAUUUCUUAUGAAUAUAGACUAGAUUUAACCCUUACCCUGCGGAAACCUAAAGUUAUUUUAUAUAAGCCUUUGCUACCAAUAUAGAGACAGACUAGCAUUUAUAUCCAUGUACUCUGACCAGACUCUUAAACUGUUGGUAGCUCAAUUUUUGUACUAUUUCAUUCAAAUUCCUUGAAAUUUAGACUGUGCCAAAUUCAAAGGAGGGCAGGUAAAGGGUUAAUACACUUAUCAUGAAACAAGAUGAAAAGGAAAUGAUAAAGUAAGUGUCUGGUUUGUUUUGUUGUUUUUUUCUUUGCUUUUUUGUUUUGUUACUUCAUAGCGUUAAAAGUUAGUUAUUUUGUUUCAGUUUCUCUGAGUUAACUAUUCACAAAUUAUAUUAAGUCUUACAUUUUACUGGUUGUGCAAACUGUAUGAUAAUCAUGAGAUACUGGUACAUGUGCUGUGAAAAGUUGUGAUAAAAUUGAACUAUAUCAUUUACAUUGUACAUAAAUUUUUCUAACUCAUGAUGUUGUUGUCGUUGUUAUACAUGUAGUAGAAAAUAAAACUUGGUAA